UUAACCUCUGUUUAAUUCCAACAAUGGCUACCCUCAGAUACUUACUCUCCAAAUCAUCACUUCUAAAACUCGGCCAUCUUCACCAUUCCAACAACUUCACACCCAUUUCCCAAUUCAUAAGAACUCUUCAAUCUUUCGUUUCCAGAGAAUUCCAUUCCCAUUCACCUAAUAAUUCUAGAAGCUUCUGCACUUUCCCUGAAUACUCUGAUUCUUCAGUCGCUGCCGCUUUGAAUCUUGAUAGUCGUGUUGCUGCCACUAUUAUUACUGGUUUUCUUGGCUCUGGAAAGACUACUCUGUUGAAUCACAUACUGACAUCUCAGCAUGGGAAGCGGAUUGCUGUGAUUGAAAAUGAGUUUGGUGAGGUGGACAUUGAUGGCUCAUUGGUUGCUAGUCAUUCUUCAUCUAACGAGGAUAUUCUCAUGGUUAAUAAUGGCUGUCUGUGUUGUACUGUACGUGGUGACCUUGUUAAGAUGCUUUUGGAGCUUGUUAAGAACAGGAGAGACAAAUUUGAUCACAUAGUUAUUGAGACAACAGGUCUUGCAAAGCCUGGUCCCGUUAUUGAAACAUUUUGUUCUGAUGAAUUGGUUUCAAGGCAUGUCAAACUUGAUGGAGUCGUUACAUUGGUUGAUUGCAAGCACGCCUUGCAGCAUUUAAAUGAGGUAAAACCCAGAUUUGUGGUAAAUGAGGCUGUCGAACAAGUGGCUUAUGCAGAUCGAAUUAUCUUGAACAAGAUAGACUUGGUAACUGAAGCCGAGCUCGAAGUGCUAACAAAGAGAAUCAAGCAUAUCAAUGGGAUGGCACAAAUAAAGAAAGCAAAGCAUGGGUUGGUUGAUAUGGACUUCGUUUUGGGAGUUGGUGGCUACGAUCUUGACAGAAUUGAUUCUCAAGUUCAAUCAGAGGGCUCCCACUGUGGGCACAAACAUGGAGAUGGGCAUGAACAUCACGAGGGCCACCAUCAUGAUCAUGUACAUGAUUCUGCUGUAUCCAGUGUUAGUAUUGUGUCCGAGGGAACCUUAGAUUUAGAUGAGGUUGAUGAUUGGCUUGAAAGACUGAUUGAAGAGAAUGGGGAUGACCUAUACAGGAUGAAAGGGGUUUUAUCUGUGAGUGGUUCUGAAGAGCGCUAUGUUUUCCAGGGGGUACAUUCCAUUUUAGAUGGAUGCCCAGGCAAGACAUGGGAACCAAAUGAGAAGAGAAUAAACAAGUUAGUAUUCAUAGGCAGAAACCUAGAUGAAACUGCAUUAAGAAAAGGUUUCAAAGGCUGCUUAGCGUGAGGAAUAGACGAUGGACGCAUGUUAUCCCCCGGUAAGCUGUGGCUCAGCUGGAUAAUGAUAGCCGCAGGCUGACCCCAUGAAAUUGUAGAGUUCAGUUGUGAUCUAGGGUAUGAUCUCAUGUGGCACUCUCUUUUAUCUUGGUUCCUUCUCUCGAUUUCUUUUUCCCGCAGGGACUUGUCUCAUGUAAAAAAAGUUGUGAUGAAUGAUGUACUGCUCAUUUGAAAUGUACAUUCAAGUUAAUUUGUUCUUCCUUCA